GGUCCAGGGUGCCGAACCCCGCCGUGCCGCCGCUCCCCUGACCCGCCGCUCGCACCCACCGUCCUGGGAGGGGAGGAAUUGCCAAGCCCAGAACUAACCUCGCCUCCAGAAAUAAGGACCCAGGAACACACCAGCGGAGAGCGGUCAGAAGGAGCCGCGCCGUCGAGAAUCAGGGGGUCCAGGCUGCCCUGGCCCCUCCAGGAGCUGGGAAGGAGGGAGGAGAGCAGGCUGGGAGCAGCCAGAAGACUGGCCAGCCUGGCUUUUGUGACCUCACAGGAGGGCUGUGAGUGACUGUUCUCUAGGGGACCUCGGUCCCCCUGGAGGCCAGACAGAGCCUUCCCCCAGGGUAGGGGCAGACGGCCCCUCUAGGAGGGAGCCGCCCAGAGAUCAGCAGCUCCAUGUAGGUCCACAGUUAAGUUGGGAGGACCCACCAUGAAGAAAGGCAAGAGGAAGAGCUCCAAGGCCCGACGCCGUGGCUCUACUUCCCAGCAUGCUAGCUCUGAGUCCACUCCGCAGCAGCAACAGAGCAACGAGCCCAGCCCCCAACAGUCCAGCAGUGGAGCUGCACAGCAGCAGACCAACCCUGGGGGCACUACACAGCAGUCCAGUCCCGGGGCCACCCAACAACCGCCCAGCUCUGGAGCCAUCCUGUCGCAGCCCACCUCGGGGCCCACCCCACCCCAGGCCGAUUCCGGCACCAGUUCGCCAACCAACUCUGACUGCACCCCUCAACAGCUUGCAAUCAAGACUUCCAAAACUACACACAAAGUCAGCCAUUCGGCUCGAUGCGUGUCAUCUCAGGAAAACAUCGCAAAAGGCUCUCGGUGCAGGAAAACAGAGCCUCGCGAGGGCAUGCCACCCGCCUGUUCCUGCUCCGCUUGCCCCGGCAACGCUGCCUGCUGGCGCCACCUGGGCCUGUGCCACAGCCGCAUCUUCGAUGUCCUCCUGCCUCGAGCCUGGCCCACCAUGGCAGGGAGAGACCUCCCGAACCUCCUCACCUUCUACAGAAGACCUGCAAGAAAACACGCCGCCUCUCAUCGUCAUGCACGUGCUCCAAGCUCUCGGGACUGCUGCUGUAGCUCUGGGGGCCCUGGGCGCUGCCUAUUACAUCACUGAAUACCUGUGACCAAGCCCCCAGGCCCGCGGUCCGGCAGAUCCAGUUUCCAUCAAGGAUCUCUCUUGUCACCAAAAUAGAACUACGACCCCCCCAAAAAGUCUGGGGUUUUU